AUGGAACAACUCGGCCUACAGGAUCAGAUCGUACCUGCAUCCGGGGUCCUAAAUGGCUUCAACAUGGCAAGUGAAACAACAAAGGGAGAAAUUAUCUUACCGGUAAAUGUAGCCGGGACCAUACAAGAUACGAAGUUCCAUGUCAUCAAGGGUGACAUGAGGUAUAAUUCACUCAUCGGGAGACCAUGGAUAUACAACAUGAGGGCAGUGCCUUCAACUCUUCACCAGAUGAUGAAGUUCCUAUCGGAAGAAGGAGUAAAAAUAGUCUACGGGGAGCAACAAGCUGCAAAGGAGAUGUUUGCAAUCGAGGAAGUGGUUCCAACUCCAGAGCCCUCAACCUCGGAGAAAUCGAGUAUCAGAGGUAAACAAGCUGCCAAAUAG